GCAGGUCAUCUCUCACUCCAUUGCGCUUUGACCAUAAAUGCCCCGAGUUCACUCAGCCUUGAGACGAACCUUUCAGGCGAUUUUUCUCAGUAUUUUGAUUCUGGAAGAAAUACAGGCGUUGAUCCCUAUGCGCUGAACCUUUUCUCCUGCAGUAGUUUAUUUAUGAGAGACUGAUGGCCGACCUGAGAACAGUGCGCGUCUUUGUGUGAAGCCGAGCUGCGGUCUCCACUCGCCUGAGGCUCGACGCGCAUAUUUCACACUUGGAAAAAAUAUGAUUUUCGGCUGUUCGUUCGCAGUCCAUAAGAUGUAAAGUCUUCUAACUUCUGUUUUCAUUUGACGGAUAUUACUGAACGAAGACUAACCUUCGUGUAAGAAAGGACAAAAUGGGUAGCAUUCCGACCUGGCCAGUUAUAAUAUUGUUUGCCCUGAAGAUUCAUACAGCGCUGUCGGCCAAAUGCCCAAAAGUCUGCGUUUGUGACAGCAUCCAGCUCACCAUUGCUUGUGUCAACAAGAAUCUCACAGAGGUUCCACCUACCAUUGAUGAGAUAACUGUGAAACUGGACCUGCGAGGAAAUGACCUGCAGGAGCUUCCUACAGGGGCGUUCGCGCACACACCGUACCUCACACACCUGUCUCUACAGAAUAGCAACAUCCGACGAGUGCGGGAAGGAGCCUUUAGAAAACUUGGCCGGCUGGUUUUACUCAACCUGGCCAACAACAAGAUUGAGAUCCUUUACCAGGAGUCAUUUGAUGGUCUUUCCUCACUAAAGCAGCUGAUUAUUGACCGGAACAGAGUGGAGGAGAUCCAGCCUGGAGCUUUUUCACAGCUGGGCUUUCUCAACCUCCUGUCCCUCACACACAACCAACUGGUGUACAUCCCUAACAUGGCGUUCCAGGGUUUGCAGAACAUUAAAUGGCUACGUCUCAGCCACAAUUUCAUCAAUUAUCUGGCAACAGAGGCAUUUGCUGGCCUCUUUACUCUUACCAGGUUGAGCCUGGAUAACAACGAACUGCAGUUUUUCCCCACUGAGACCAUGACGCGACUUUCAGAAGUAACUCGUUUAGAGCUGAGCUUCAACCCCAUGACGUACCUCGGAGAGGAGUCUGUGUCGAUGCUGAAGCUCACUCACCUCCUCCUGGACCACAACUCCCUGCAGGACUUUUCAAAUGCAGCUAUUCUUCUGUCUCCCCGUCUCACUCAUCUGGACUUGAGCCACAACCAGCUGCGCAUCCUGCAGCCAAUGGCCCCCGGGUCUCCCAAACUGACCCGGCUCAAUCUGGCAGGAAACCCCAUCUACUGCAGCUGUUACCUGCGGCCCCUGCGUGAGUGGGCCACACGGGAGCGUGUUCGUCUGGGUGGGACAUGUGGAGGCCCAGCGCAUCUGUCCGGUGAGAAUCUGGAAGUGGUGCAGCCUGUCAAUCUGCGCUGUCUGAGUCAAGAGGCCAUGCUGAAGGCUGAGCUGGAGGAGCAGGUGCUGCCUGCACUGCCCACAACACCAUCGCCAAAGAAAGGCAAAUGUCCAGCCAACUGUGCAUGUGAGACUGAGAACCGCCAUUCAUCAUGCGAAAAUAAAGGCCACACCAAGAUCCCUCGUGGAUUUUCUCCAGACACACGCCUGCUGGACCUGCGGGGCAACCAUUUCCACUACAUCCCUGCAAACAGUUUUCCAGGAACAGCUGAAGUAGUUUCCCUUCAUCUGCAACGCUGCAAGAUUCACGAUAUAGAAGACGGAGCCUUCAGUGGUAUGAAGAGUCUGGUCUACCUCUACCUCUCAGAAAAUGACCUUACAUCACUAACUCCCGAGGCAUUCAAAGGUCUGCCCCAUCUCACCUACCUCCAUCUGGAGAAGAAUCGUUUCACCCAGUUCCCCAAAGGAGCAUUUAAGCUGUUGCCUGGCCUGCUGGCUCUGCACAUGGAGAAUAAUGCCAUCGCUAAACUGGAAACAGGGCUCCUGACAAGCGCUGAGAAAUUGAGGGGUCUCUAUCUCACUUCCAAUGCCAUCACAGCGGCAGCUCCCCAAGCUUUUAAUCCUGCACCCGACUUGGAGACUCUUCAUUUAGGCAGCAACAAAUUGCAGGAGGUUCCAACUGAGGCCUUUUCCAAAGCCAGAAGCCUAGCAGAACUCAAGCUCUCCCAUAACCCCAUUCGCUGGAUUGGAGCUGGAGCCUUUCAGCCAGUUGGCACCACACUUAGACAUCUAUACCUUGAUCAUAUGGGCUUAGAAAAGGUAUCUACAGAUUUUCUAGCAGGACUGGGGUCUGGUCUGAGGAGUCUGCUUCUUGAAGGGAACCAGCUCGAGGAGCUGCCUGACUUGAGUCCACUCACAGGACUCGAGGUCAUAAACUUAGCAGAGAAUCCACUGCUCUGCGACUGUCCACUGUUACCUCUUCGCAAGUGGAUUGAGCAGGUGAAUUUGAAGGUCAGAGCAACCUGUGGUCACCCACCAGAACUCAGAGGUCAAAGAGUCAAAGAUGUCCAUGUUUUUAAGAGUUGCCCAGGGGGAAAGUCUCCUUCUGCCCAGCACCCCAAACCGACAAGAGCCCCAAAGCCUGAAUCUGCUCGCGUCAGUCCUCCAAAAAUCAUUAAGAGAGUAGACAGAAAAGCCACAGGAAAAUCACGCAAAGGUGCAAAACCUCAUACAGUGCAGAAAACCGCCAUGAAGAAAAGGAAGUCUGCGUGAA